GCAUUUAAAUUCAUAGAUACGAACCGGAAUCCAACACGCCAUUUGCCUCGAGCCCAUGACCAUCUUUAAACAAACUCCACGACCACGACCACGAGCUCAAAGAUGGUAAUUUUUUUCCCCUUCUUUUAUCCUCAUGCGCUGCUCUCGAUCCCCUCGAAUCCAUUCCAUGGCGCCUACACCGGAGCUUCUCCUCGCCGUCCAGCUCGCCGCACUCCUACUCCCUUUCCCGCGGUGGGCCUCGGCGGACCCCGAUGACGAGGCCUGCCUCUCCAACCUCCGGCGGUCGCUGACGGACCCCAGCAACAGCCUCCGGAACUGGAGCCGCGCUGCCUUCGCCGCCCCCUGCGACGGUUUCACCUCCCACCUCGAGGGCGUCACCUGCAACAACGGCCGCGUCUACAAGCUCACCCUCGCCGGACUCGCCCUCGGCGGCGCCGUCUCACCAUUCGUCUCCAACUGCACCAACCUCCAGUGGCUGGACCUCUCCUCCAACCAGCUUGGGGGCGGUAUCCCGCCGGAGAUCUCCGCCCUCCUUAACCUCGCCGUUCUCAACCUCUCCGUCAACCGCCUCACAGGGCCCAUUCCCCCCGAGCUCGCCCUCUGCUUCUAUCUCAACGUCGUUGACCUCCACUCCAACCAGCUGUCCGGCGACAUCCCCGACGGGCUCGGGCUCCUCGUCCGCCUCUCCGCCUUCGACGUCUCCUACAACCACCUCGAGGGGCCCAUCCCGCCGUCGCUUGCGAAUCGGACCGGGACUCUGCCGCGGUUCAACGCCAGUUCCUUCGCCGGCAACAAGGGGCUCUACGGCUACCCGCUGCCACCGGCUAAAGGGAGGGGGAUUUCGGUGAUCGCCAUUGUCGGGAUUGGACUCGGCAGCGGCCUCAUCAGUUUGGUCCUCAGCUUCACCAUCGUCUGCGUCUGGCUCAGGCUGAGGAAGCAGCCGUCCGUGGACGGCGAAUAGGGAAGAAAUCCGUGUCUUCUUCUUCUUCUUCAUUUGGAUCUGUUUCGCCAUUAAAAUCCCAUAUCUUGAGCUCAUCUUAUGAUUCUUCGAUCAGUAAAAUUAGCUCUUUCUUGGUUCUCUUUUCCUAUUAGAAUGCCUGAAAAAAAAAUUGCAACUUUGUUCUGGCAAAUUUACCAAACGUUCAUAAAGAAAUUA